UCUCCUGAUGUUGUUUCCCGCCAUGUGAUUACAACUACAAUCAUUGUAGUACUAUAUUCUCUCCCCUCCCGCUCCUGCCCUAGCCAGAAAUUAGGGUUUGCCGGCUGUGCAUCCAUCUCCGCCAUCGUCAGAGGAGGGCUAAUGGAAUCUCUAAUCCCUGAAAUUUCCCAUCUCCUCAACAAUACCAUCAGCCCGGACAAAACCCUCGUUUCCGCCGCUGCCGACCGUCUCGAUCGGCUCUCUUCUCAGCCCGGCUUCCUCCUUUCCCUCCUGGCCAUAACCACAGUCGGUGAUUCUCAAGGUUUGAAGAUAGCUGCGGCCAUAUAUUUGAAAAACUUCUUCAGACGUCACGAGGCGGAUGUUCGGGCUUCUUCUGGGCAGUACAUUGAGUUUCGGAAUCAGUUGGCUCAGACUUUGCUUCAAGUGGAUUCUUCGGUUCUUAAAGUCUUGGUAGAAGCUUUUCUUGGGGUUAUUACUACUGAUUUUGUGAAGGAGAACUGCUGGCCUGACCUCAUCCCUGAGCUUAGAUCAGUGAUUCAAAACAGUAAACUUAUUAGACAGUCUCCAUGUUCUCAGUGGAAGACAAUUAAUGCCCUUAUUGUUCUGCAAACAACCAUUAGACCCUUCCAGUACUUUUUGAAUCCUAAAGUACCAAAGGAACCUGUACCAUCACAAUUGGAGCUAAUAGCGGAAGACAUUCUCGUUCCUUUACAAGCAACAUUCCAUUUAUUUGUUGAUAAGGCUUUAUCAUGUCCAGACAGAAUAGAAAUGGAAAAUGAAGAAGUUCUUCUUAUUAUAUGCAAAUGCAUCUACUUUAGUGUGAGGUCUUAUAUGCCUUCUGCAUUGAGAUUUGCUCUGCCAACUUAUUGUAAUGACUGGUUUCGGGUAUUGGAUUCGUUGAGCUUAGGCAGUGCUUUAUCUGGAGAUGGACACUUGUUGAGGUUAAAGGUCAUGAAGAGAAUUCUAGCAAUAUUUUGUGCUUUGGUCACUCGCCAUCGAAAGCAUUGUGACAAGUUGAUGCCAAAUAUCUUAAAAUGUGCUAUCAAAAUAGUCAAGCAGAGUCCUAAUAAUUGUAUUUUGGGUGCUCUGCCAGAGCGGAUUGUAUCUCUGGCUUUUGAUGUAAUUUCACAUGUUCUUGAAACUGGCCCUGGGUGGAGGUUGGUAUCACCACAUUUUUCUUCACUUUUGGAGUUAGCAAUCUUUCCUGCCGUUGCAUUGAAUCAGAAAGAUGUGUCGGAGUGGGAAGAAGAUGCUGAUGAGUACCUAAGGAAGAACCUACCAUCUGACCUUGACGACAUUACAGGGUUGGCUGAGGAUUUUUUUACUGCAAGGAAAAGUGCACUUAAUUUGCUUGGCGUGAUUGCAAUGUCGAAGGGUCCUCCUGUUGUAUCUACCGCUUCUAAACACAAAAAAAGGGACAGAAAUAAAAAAAAAGAGUGCCACAGUUCUGUAGGUGAACUAUUAGUGGUGCCGUUCCUAUCAAAGUUUUCCAUACCGUGCGGUGGGGAAGAGUUUUCAUCAAAGAUUUUGAAAGAAAGUUUGUUUGGUCUGCUCAUUGUCCUAACUGGCAGAUACUAUGGCGUUUUGAUGGCAUAUGGAGGUCUCCAAGAUUUCUUUAAAGGGAGAAGUUCUGAGUACAUUCACUCGUUGCUUCAAAGCCGAGUACUUCCAAUUUUUUCCUUGUAUCCUUGUUCUCCAUUUUUGCUUUCGACUGCCAACUGGUUACUUGGAGAACUUGCUUGCUGCCUUCCUCAGGCUUUGAGUGCAAAUAUCUAUAAUUCGUUGACUAAGACGUUGACCUGGUCUGAUGAUGGAGAUUUUAAUUAUUAUCCAGUUCGUGUUUCUGCUGCUGGAGCCAUUACAGAACUUAUUAAUAAUGAAUAUUUUCCACCUGACUGGACACCCCUUUUGCAAAUUCUGGUUAGCAGGAUGGGUAUAGGAGAUGAAAUUGAAUGUUGUCUUCUUUUCAAUCUUCUUAGUACCGUGGUUGAGGCUGGGCAGGACAAGGUUGCUGUCCACAUCCCUGUAGUUGUUUCCAAUAUAGCGAAUGUUAUUCUGAGGAACAUGCCUCCUAUUCCGGAACCUUGGCCUCAGGUGCUUGAACGUGGCUUUGCUGUAUUGGCUGAAUUAGCACUGAUCUGGGAAAGCUCUCUUCCAGAUAAUAUUCAACAACCAGAAAAUCGGGAAUGGAGAUCUGGUUGGGCCUCCAUUGCUGAAUUAUUCUCAAAUUUAUUACAAAAGGCUUGGUUUAUGCCUGUUAUUAAGGAUGUGGAUGAUCAUAAACUUGCUGUUCCUGAAACUUUUCUACCAUGUUCAUGCAUUGAUGAUGCCUGUACAUUGCUUGGCUUUGUCAUGCGGUUCAUUACCGAAAGGGAUGAAGUAACUCGCUUGAAAAUCCCUGAUUUGUUAACGGCGUGGUCUGCCCUGAUAGCUGACUGGGAUUUAUGGGAAGAGAUGGAGGAUCAAACAAUUUUCAGUUCUAUCCUGGAAGCUGUUAAUUUGCAAAAAAAAUUUGAUCUUCAAAUACUCUUUUCUAGAAAAAUACCAUCAGCAAAUUCACCUCCUGGUUCAAAGCUUUCAAAUUUUGAAUGUAUUUGUAGCUUCGUCAGUGGAGCGAUUAAAGCUUAUCCAUCGGCUGUUUGGCGGGCUUGUUCGUGCAUACACUCAUUGCUACAUGUGCCAAGCUUCUCAUAUGAUGCUGAAUCUAUAAAGCAUGCAAUGGCAAUAACCUUCGCAAGGGCAGCAUUCUCUCGCUUCAUGGACAUUCAUGAGAAGCCUAUUGGACUGUGGAAACCCCUUUUAUUGGUUAUAUCAUCAUGCUAUUUUUUUUAUUCCAAGGAUAUUGAACAAGUCCUUGAGAAAGAAGCUGAUAAGGGUUUUAUAAUUUGGGCAAGUGCACUGGCCCACAUAUCAACAAGUUCUUUUACACCUGGUUUAUCAACUGAGUCUGAGUUAGUACUAUGUGUGGCAACAUUAACGAAGGUGGUUGAGAGGCUGCUUGUAACAUUGUUAGAUAGGGGUGAAGUCUUGAGGGUCAGCUUUAUGGCAUUGCUGGAUGCAUUUACUCGGAUGAAAGAAGUUCAGGAGGGAAAUGAAGAGGCUGAAGUUUCUGAUGCAGAGGAAAGUGAGGAUGAUGCUGACGAUGACGAUGACGAUGACGAUGACGAAGAGGAUUCUGAGGAGGAGCAGCUUGUUGAAGAAACUGAAGACGAAUUUUUGGAUCGGUAUGCGAAAGCAGCUGCUGACUUGGAGAAUGAGAUGGUUGACGAAGGAGAUAUAGAAGAUGAUGUGCAGGAGCUUGAGUUGGGUGUGUUUGAAGAAAUGAACUUAGAUGCCUCUUUGCUUCAGCUGAUCCAGAGUCACCGCCCAGAACUGAUGGGAGGCCAAGAUUUAUCACCAACUGUUCUAAAUCGGCUAAUAAGCUGUUUUCCGGAACAGGCUCGCUUGUUCCAGCUUCCCUGAAAUAUUUAUUUCAUUUGUAAUAGUAGUAGUAAUCAUGCAAAUAUUUUGGAAUUAUUUAUUUUUCUUGUUAUUUUAUAUGGUUGUGUGCUGUCAUAUAUAAUAAUAUAGCUGUUUGUACCAAUUUUUGGAGGCUAUUUACCAUGAAAUCCGAGAAAUAAGGGAAAUAAUGUACUGCUAAUUUUUGGAAAUUUCAUAAGAGUG